CGAUUAACCUCGAUUGCAAUUCGAUUGUUGCCAUUGCAGAGCUGCAAGCGCGGCGGUUGUAACUGUUUUUCUCACAGAUCAGACUAACGCGGCUCCGAGCUUUUUUUUGUUAAGUGUUUCAAUAUUUUAGGCUUAGUUGCGGGUGGGAAAGAGCACCAUGACGGAUUUCAAUGCACCCGGAGCGAUGCUGCCUUUGGGUGCAUGAGUACUACGAACAAUGCGUAGUACCGAAACCCAAAAUACCGCCCCGUUACUCUAGUAAUGCAGUCCCGCAGAGCGGUAAACGCCAAGCGGGGCACUUGCGGUCCUACAAGGAGCCUGAUCAAGGUGGCGACGACGAUGUUGAAGAUGAAGAUUUCCAGAGCUCCGUGCUGAAGACAAAGUUAGUGGAAAAUGGCGGCACCGAGAUCGAUUCUAAUGUCGCGCAAAUGAACUAUGAGAUAAAUGACUUUGAUAAGAUGUACUGGGAGCAGGACUCCCACAGCUCGGAGGCCUCCCAAAGCUCCGAAAUGUGGCGCCUGUAUGGUAACAACGUCUACCGGCCAUCAGGGGCAGAUCAAUUAGUGCCAAAUGACCAGGCACGUGGUCACGUAAAAUCGCGCCUAGAUCUGAGAGAUGGCUCUCGAUUUCGUAAUAAUUUAAACCAGAGGCGCAAUCAUCAGCAAAACGUCCAUAGGCGCAACCAAAUCCAUCGUCGUCAGCACCAUGUCCAGAACGCCAAGGAGCAGCACCCCCGCACAGCCUACAAUGCCUUCAGCAGCCAAACAAUCCAUGCCAAUCAACAAACUGACGUACUAAUGAAUGUAAACAAUCAUUUCCAGUAUACUCACCAGGCACCCAGUGAUCUACGUCGCAGCACCAACAACAUUGAACCUGACCACUGCGACUGGACCGGCUACAGCUCGAUAGGCUCUUUAAUCGAAUCGGUGGCCCAUAUUCCGGAUAAUCGAGUCAAGAAUCGUUUGCCCUGUGAAACCAUCACGCGUUACACGGAUAUCUCAAAGGAUAUAUUUGCUGGAGAAGGGCAGAAAGUUCAUAAGCCGCAGACUGGUCUGGAACCCGCCGCAGUUGAUUCCGAGAGCAUGAAAGUCAGUAAAAUGGCCCAUAACGUGAUGCUCUUGCUCAAGAGCGUUGCCCAGCAAAACAACCAAGGAGGAUCCUGUGAGUUUUUUAAGAACUGCGACUGGAUAAACGGGUCGGUGGAGGAGUUCCCAAGUGUUGCAUUUCCUAAACUUGAUGGAAGGGACGAACAGCAGCGUUUUAACUAGAUAACCGAGAUAUACUUAGAGGACCUAUCUAAAUUAAGUUAUUUUUAAGUAACAAGCAGCUCAUGUUUUAAUUUAAAUUCGUCGGAUUGGCGCGCACUUUCUGUGCGAAUUGUAAGUCGACGCAGGCAAGAAGAAGACGAUUUCGACGAUGAUAGUGAAUGCCAGGGGUGAAUAGUCGCUGUCUGCUUUUUUUAUAUAGAACACAUAUUUCGGCUGAUAAGAACAGGCUUCGCCGCUUAUCAGUAAUGCACAACAAGAAGUACACACGGACGAACGAGAUGUGAGAGGCGAAAGCGGACGAAAAUAGAAACAAGCGGCGAUAAAUUUACAGCAAAAGCGAUUUCAUAUACAUAACCGAUGUGCCGGAGAGGAACA